GAUUACAUGUGCCAGUUGUUAGGUAGAAUUUACAUCAAAACAAUAACACAAUUUACAAUCAUUUAGUGUUUUAUACGACCGAAGGUGGAUAAAUAUAACAAAUUACCAAGAUAUCACACGAGCAGACGACAGCUCGAUGAAGUAAAAACUUGCCUGGAGAGUAUAGUAGUACACUAAUAACAGCAGUCUGUGUAAUUUACCCAGCAGGGCGCUGAGUGAUAUUUACGUAUAUACUCGACGGAGUGGCAACACCAUUCACCAGGAACAUCACGUAUACUUCAGGACACACCAUGGAGGAGGAAAAGUUCAAUGUGUUGAUCGCCAUGGACGAAAGUGAACAUGCCAAAUAUGCAUUCAAUUAUUACAUGGAGCAGAUCCACAACCCGAAGUUCAGUAUCGUGAUGGUACACGUGGUAGGAUUGCCCGACUCGCUACACAAGAAAGAGUGGUAUACGACACAUAAUUCCGAAACUAUCCACAAAAUUCUAGAAGAUGAGAAAGCUAAACUUAAAGAAAAACUGGAAGGGAUUGGACAAAUCUUAAAAGACGCUGAAGUGCAAGGGACUGUCCAGAGUAUCCAUGCUGAUCAACCUGGUCGAGGUAUCAUAAAGGCAGCGGAAGACUUUGGCGCACAUAUGAUUGUAACCGGAUGUCGCGGAGCCGGCAUGGUACGGAGGACCUUGAUGGGAAGUGUCAGUGACUACGUAGUCCAUCACGCCACAGUUCCAACUUUAGUUUGUCGUCAUCCUCGUGAACACCAUGGUCACGGGCACCAUAAAUAAGGACGCGACACCUAGAUACAGUAAUGACGUGAUAACACUAAGACAUAUUUAAUAAACUUUAUGCCAGUAAAUACGGAUACGCUUUACGCCAGGCAAUACAGAUGCACUUUAAUUUACGCCAGUAAAAACUGAUACACCAUACUCUGGUUAAUACAUGCCAGCAACUAAUGGAGUAUUGUAGUUACUUUAAGAUGAAUUCUGGUAAGUCCGGAGAGCGUGCAUGAUUAUUAAAGGUGCUCAAGAUUUUUUCCAGAUUAACGAAAAUGUUAUCACUUAAAAGUCAGUAGUUUAACGAAGAUAAUAGUCAAAAAGAGAUGAAAGGACUGAAGAAAACUUCACUGUAUAUAUUUUAUCGCAUUAUUUUAUAUGUCAUAAACCAUCAUCUUCACUGGCAAUAAAGAUUUUGAUUUC